AUGGCGAUUUAUCAGCGCAUGUGUCGUGAGAUCCAGGACCCAUGGCACCCCGAGCAUUUGGUUUCCUUCACUCCCGAGCAAGACUACUUGGGGCGUUUCUAUGGCACCUUCGCUUGUGGAAAGUGGACACAUCUUCACGCGAAGUUCAACUACCAACCAAAUCUUCCUGACAACUACGUUGGCUCGGCGCACAAAGCCAUCGAUGUGCUACGAGAUGUCAUGGUGGCGCACUACAGUGGCGGUCGAGUGAAACCUUGGAAGAUCCCCUGGCUGAAGAUGGACGUGAUGGGCGUGCGCCGCUUGUUGGAGGAGGACUUACAAGAUCAAAUGGGUCGCUCCGAGUUUCAACCGAAGGUCCAGCGACCUUCAGUGGUGAUGAUGGAUGGAGUUCUGGUGGAUCUCCCGCCCAAAGAUGCCAACGAGCUGCCGGAGGAUGUCCGGCAGUUGAUGUGGGAAUGGGUCUUGGCACUGCGAGAGUGCAACCGACAGCUCUUGGAGGACGGGGUUGAUAUCGUGAGUCUCAUUGAAAGCGCUGAGAAAGUGCGGCCGAAGCUGCUGGCAGUCUACAAGGAGCGACAGAAAGUGGGCAGAGAUGAAGUGUCGCCGCGGGAGCUGACGUUGUUCGAUCCAUGUUUCAUCAAGGGGCCUUGCUACAAGGGGGUCAUUUGGUUCCCAGGUGCCGAGUUUCGUGGCCCUGGCUGGUACUGCAAGGAUCGCUUGGACGUCAAGAAGACAGAUCUCAUCGAUGAGUGUCACAUUGUGGCGCCGUGCUUUUAUGGAACGAUCUGGACGGGAAAGAGAUGGGAGUGUGCGGCAGAGGACAAGAAAAAGGUGGUGAAGAAAUAUGAGGAUUUGAUGCAGAAACUGUUGAAGGGCCCGCAUCGUGGAGACAAACUCUGGGCAAUCAAGGAGCUGGACAGUGAGUUGCCAAAGUUGCCGACCAGCUGUCCUGAACGCGGCUACAAGGCACCCAAGAAGUGCCGCAUGAUUGGCAUGGACCACGGCAAUUUGAUGCUGAUGGCCAAAUGGAGCUCUGUUCUCUUUGACUUGGUGGUCUGUGAGGAUCCAGAGAUGCGUGGCAGAGCCGCUGGCGUACUCUACAACAUCGUGAAUGAUCACAAGGAGAACCAGAAGCGCUUACUGGAAAAGAUGGGCGGCGUGGAUCUCCUAGUCGCGCAUCUCAAUCCUGAGAGGAAUACCAGCAAGAAGAUCAGUGGCAAGGCGCUCUUUGGCAUGAAUAUGCUUGCCAGCGAGUGCAAGGCGCAAUCGCCGGACUUGUGCGAUUUCUUCCCCGCUUUGACGCAGAUGAGCUCAUCAGGACUUGCCACUUUGGUGUGGAAUCCGCCGAAGGGAACGGGAUGGCAGUUGCAGGUUGCUUUGCAAGAGGCCUGGGUGUCUAGUUGCACUGUGAAGCCAGGCAUGCCUUCUGAACAGGACUUUCAGGCCUGUGGCGGCAAAUAUGUGCAGAACUUGACCAAUGCCACGGAUGAACAGGUCUAUGCGACGCUUCAGAGCCUUCAGUCCUUGCUGAAAGAGGACCUUUGGAAGCAGAAGUAUCUCGGAAACUUCGCUCAUCAGGUCAAACCGUUUGUGCACAAGCUACCUUCAGAAUCCAAACUUGUGGCGAAGAAGCUACUGAUCUGA